GCGCGUUCCCAGCCUAGUGUCUGACGUCAGUCCGUCCGCUCCCGGCGCGCUCCAGCCUGGCGGUGCGGCCCUACAGACAGCGCGGUGCGCCUGGCUUCGAGGGGACAGAGUGGGGGGAAUGAAGGAUGGCAGCACGCCGGGCAUUAAAAGCUGUUUUGGUAGAUCUCAAUGGCACACUUCACAUUGAAGAUGCAGCUGUGCCAGGCGCACAGGAAGCUCUUAAAAGGUUACGUGGUUCUUCUGUAGUGGUUAGGUUUGUGACCAACACAACCAAAGAGAGCAAACAAGAUCUACUAGAAAGAUUGAAAAAACUGGAAUUUGAUAUCUCUGAAGAUGAAAUAUUCACGUCUCUGACUGCAGCCAGAAGUUUAGUAGAGCAAAAGCAAGUCAGGCCCAUGCUGCUGGUUGAUGAUCGAGCACUCCCUGAUUUCAAAGGAAUACACACAAAUGAUCCUAAUGCUGUGGUUAUAGGAUUGGCACCAGAACAUUUUCAUUAUCAAAUUCUGAAUCAAGCAUUCCGGUUACUCCUGGAUGGAGCACCUCUGAUAGCAAUCCACAAAGCCAGGUAUUACAAAAGGAAAGAUGGCUUAGCCUUGGGGCCUGGACCAUUUGUGACUGCUCUGGAGUAUGCCACAGACACCAAAGCCACAGUAGUGGGAAAGCCAGAGAAGACAUUCUUUCUGGAAGCAUUGCGGGGCACUGGCUGUGAACCUGAGGAAGCUGUCAUGAUAGGAGAUGAUUGCAGGGAUGAUGUUGGUGGGGCUCAGAAUGUUGGCAUGCUGGGCAUCUUAGUGAAAACUGGGAAAUACAGAGCAGCAGAUGAAGAAAAAAUUAACCCAUCUCCCUACCUGACCUGUGAGAGCUUCCCUCAUGCUGUGGACCACAUUCUGCAGCACCUGCUGUGAGCCGUGGUGUGGAUGCCACGGAACCUGAUCCACACACUUGCUGCCUGCUGUGGCUCCUGCCCAUCCCGGCGCAGCACGGUAGACGCACAGCGUUCAGCCUGAUGGCGUGUUAACCCUCUUUUAUUGUGCAUUAAUGAGAACAGUAUUGAACUGCAGCCAGCCACUAAGCUUUGCUAAUCCCUUUUGUUUUGCUUUGUAAAAGAAGAUGGGACCCAAAGAAAGAGAAAGCCGAGAUUUUGUGCCAUUCCUCUUAAAAUAUUCAUCAGGUUCGCAGGGCUGGGAGGGAGACGCUCCUGUGGGGAAUAGCAGUCUCUUCUGUCUCCUAGCUGAAAACCAGGAGGGGGAUUCAGACUGUGAAUAAAGUUGAGUGGUGGCUUUUAAAUUACAAAGUGAUGUGAUGAAAGGUGCAUUAGGCUGAUGUUUCAAUGUUGAGUUCAGUUGCGAAGCCCAGCAGAAGUGCCAAGUGGAAUACAAGGCAGAAAGCAGCAAACGAAUUGUUCUCCAGACCAAGUGAUCCGGUGAAUCUGCUUCCACAGAUGUCGAUUUUCAACUGUAUUCCCAGCACGGGUGACUUCUUUUUCUCUUCAUUAGCAAGAGAUGACUAAUUUAAAUUUAGAACCUGAUUUUAAUUUAAAAUAAUAUUUCCAUUAAUAACCUAUUCAUUGCAGAUACCUAUUAUACUGUGUAACAGUUGUUUUGGAAAUUUUAUGUAAAAUUAAAACUAUCAGUAUUUUACAGAUGUUUUAAUUAGACAUUGUUAUUAACAGGAACAGUGCAGAAACUAAAAUCAAGCCUUUAAUGUCUUAUAGACCAGGCAUUUUUGAAGUUAGUGUCCACUAGGGUCCUAUUAACUGUACAUUUGCAAGAUUUCAUUAUUUUUGCCUCUGACACUAUGGGAAAAAUCUUUUAGAAGCUAUUGGGACAGAUUCAGCCUUUUAUGUACUUGGUUAGUACAGCUGUAAAAUGAAAUCUCGUCUUCUAGCAUGGAUUAUUCUUCUCAUGUUAAACCCACCCAAAUGAAGGGGACUAAAUAGGUAAUGAUUUUCCUAGCGCAUUUGCAUACUGUGAUAAUCCUGGGCCUUCACAAUUGUCUUACAGGACUCUUGGGCAUUGAAUUAUUAGAAUGUAAUUGUACAUCAUUGUAGUGUUCACCUUAUUGAAGCACAUGCUGAUGUUAAUGAGCUUUGGGUUUUGAUGCUUGUUUAGAGAUCAGCUUGGUCUUGGAUGGGAGGGAGCAAAGCUAAAUAAAUGGUAUUUUACCCCGGCUUUUGCAAAUGUCUCAACUUAGUCCUUACACAUCCUAGAAUAUAAAAGACAGAUGUGAUAUGAUCCCCAGCCCACCCCACAGGAUGAGUGGCGUGGCUCACAGCAAAGCUUCUGGAACCUGAUCAGCGUGAACCUACAUCGCACCCUGAGCAAGUCAGCUAUACUUUCUAGAGUGCCCAUCACCCAAGGUCACUUUGAAUCAGCCACAUAUUAAGUACUUCAGCUAGACCGGGGCAGUAAGUACCGUUUACUGUGAUGCUGCAUUGGUUUAACAGGACUGUCCGUGUUUCACAACCUGAAAAGGGCUAUAUUAGUGGAGAAAUUCUUCCUGAGGAUUACUAGAGAGUUAGAGUUUCAGGGUAAAGCUGCAUGCAGAGAGAAGCUAAGCAAGCAGGGAGAAAGUGGUGCCUGGGAGGCAAACCACCAUCAGCUUUGGCCUGUGCUGGUGCUGGUGCUGGCACCAGUGAUUUCUUGUCCAGGAACCAGCAAACAUUUGCAGUGCUUAUAAGAAAAGAUUUUGC